CCAGUAGAAGCAGUGGUAAACUGCAAAACGGACAUAGUCCAGUUCAUUCCGCUCCCUCAUUUUAUGGUCUGAUGUCCUUGAAUUGAAAUAAAGAAGCUGGAAUAUUUACUACAGUAGAUGUUAAGGAUCUGGCUCUUUUAAUCAUUUGCCGUCAACAAUCAUUAUGGGCUUGGAUACAAGUUCGGAGAUAUCUCUACAAACUUCUCCCAGCAUGAAGCAAUCUAACAUGUGCUCCCCAGAACAAGAACCAACCGAAGGCAGAUAAUGUUAUCAAGAGGAUUAAAUGCUUCUGGUGAAUCCUGGAAUAUAACAAAUAUGGAUGUAAACCUGCAUCUUAGCUCACCAGAAUACAUAAGGGAUGACUUUCACAAUAACAUCACAAGUCAUGGAGGAAACUCUACUACUCUCUCAGAACUAUUAAGGAUUAUUUUUCCUGUGGUGUAUCUAAUCAUUUUCCUUGGGAGUGUCAUGCUCAAUGGCCUUGCAGUUUGGAUUUUCUUCCAGAUCAGAAGCAAAACAAGUUUUAUUGUGUAUCUGAAGAACAUUAUGGGUGCUGACCUCCUGAUGACAGCCUCCUUCCCAUUUAAAAUCAUACAGACUUCUGGGAUCGCACAAUGGAAUUUUAACUUCUACAUCUGUCGAUACACCAGUGUACUGUUCUAUACCAGCAUGUACAUUUGUAUUGUAUUUCUUGGACUGAUCAGCAUUGAUAGAUAUCUAAAAGUGGUGAAACCUUUUGGAAGUUCCAGAAUGUACAGCAUUAAGUUCACAAAGAUGGUGUCUACGAGUGUUUGGCUACUCAUGUCUGCACUUGCCUUGCCGAGUGUCAUUCUGACAAAUGGUGAACCAACUAGAGACAACAUCAAUGACUGUAUAAAACUCAAGAGCCCUUUGGGGGUUCAAUGGCAUACAGCUAUUACUUAUAUGGAGAUGUUCAUAUUUUUUACUGUGAUGAUUGUGCUUAUUGCAUGUUACAUUUCAAUAUCCCGACAUAUACAGAAAUCUAGCAAACCCUUUGUCAGUUGUUCCAGUAGGACGAGAAGACAUAACCAAAGCAUACGUGUUGUAGUGGCUGUUUUCUUCACCUGUUUUUUGCCCUAUCAUCUGUGUAUGUUGCCUUUCUUAUUCAGCCGUAUAGACGCACUCCUGGAUAAACAUAUGUAUACCAUUCUGCUCUACUGUAAGGAGGGUACUCUAAUUCUUGCUGCCAGCAAUGUGUGUUUAGAUCCUAUCAUCUAUUUCUUUAUGUGCAGAUCCUUCUCUCACAGGCUUUUUAACAGGUCCAGUAUUAGGUCUAGGAGUGAAAGUAUUAGAUCGCUACAAAGUGUAAAGAAAUCUGAAGUGCGGAUAUACUGUGAAUAUACAGAAGUAUGAGAAUGAUAUAUUCAGAUUACUGCAGUGUCAUAUGUAAAUAUUAUUAAUAAAAUA